AUGAUCGGCACAGGGGCCGUGGCGCGGGCUGGGGAUGGCGGCUGCACGGCCCUCCACCACGCUGCGUGCCGUGGACACCACACAUCAGUGGAGCUGCUGCUGGAGCACGACGCGGCACUGCUAAACACCCGCACCACCGAUGGAUCGUUGGCACUGUGCCUAGCGGGUCAGGCGUUGGUUGUCACAAGCCUGGUGCGAGUUGGUGCCAACGUGGCCAUCGUGGAUCACAACAGCUACAACGGCCUUCACCUGACCGCCAGGGGCAGGUUUAGCGACAUUGUUGACAUCCUCUUACUGCACGGAGCGGACCCGCACAAGAAAGGAAGUCCAGAUGGCAACACGAUUGCGGUGGAUCUGGAGCUGUCCCCCGCCGUCAAGCAUCUGCUGCGCUUCAGCCUUGAUGUGGACUUCAAGGACGCCCGUGGCUAUAUGUGCCAGACACCGCUGUACAUGGCGGCGGAGCGCGGCGUCACUAGCAUUGUGGACUUGCUGCUGAAGCACGGCACCAACAUUAGUUUGGCGGACGAGCAGGGCAAUACACUGCUCUAA